GUUAUGAAUAACUUGCUCRCCUCUCUCCUUGUGAAGUGAAUCAAUUAGUAAAAUUGUCCAUAAAUGAAAACAAUUUUUUUUGUUUUUUAUUAUCAUUAAAUUAUGGUUAAAACUUGAAACAGUUGAAACUGAAGACUUUAAAUCAAAAAUCUCAUAGUUGUGCCGUCUGUGGACUUGGGGUAUUUGUAACUGGUUUCAUACUUUCAUCCGGCAUGUUUUGGUGUUAUCAAUUUAGAAUUUAGAUCGAUAACAUUAAUUAGAGGUGAUAGCCGACAGUAUUAAAAAGUUAACGUGUUCGCAGUAAAUAUUAUAGAUAUUUGAUAUAAGUUUCGUGAAAUAUGGAUAUUUUAACAAAUAGUAUCAYCAAAUUUUGUUCAUUGCCACCUUCAUGUAUUGUCGGAGUGACCGCAGCUGUUGGUUUUAUAAAUUAUUAUUAUAUGUUUGCAGUUAAAGUUCCCAGAAUACACUGUAAAGAAGGUAAAUUUAAAAAUUUUAUUYGUCAAAAUGUUCCAAUUAUUAAUGAAAAGUACUGGCCAACAAUGUGGUGUUUUGAAGCUAGAUUUCAAAGUGUAUUGGCAAGUUUGAUAAGAUCAUUUAUAGUUCCUCCAGCUCCUUAUAGAAGAGAAAUAUUUACGUUAAAGGAUGGAGGUGAAGUGGCAUUAGACUGGCUAGAACCAAUAAAAAGUCCUAACGAAAUGUAUGACGCAACAAUUUUGUUUUUGCCUGGAUUAACUGGUGACAGUAAAUGUGAGUAUGUUCGAGCUACAUCAUUGGCUGUGCAAAAAUCUGGAUUCAGAAUUGUUGUUUUCAAUUAUAGAGGGAUAGGUGGUAUUGAAUUGAAGACUCCGAGAACUUAUUCUGCUAACAAUAUUGAUGACUUAACUGAAGUUGUUUGUCAUAUAAAAAGCAAGUACCCAGGCACAAUUUUAGGUGGAAUUGGUGUAUCUAUGGGUGGACUUUUAUUGGGAAGUUUUUUGUCAUCUAAUGUGCAAUAUGUUCACAAAUACUUCUCUGCUGCUAUGUUAAUUUCAGUUCCAUGGAAUUUAAUUGCAACCACACAAAAUAUAGAAAAACCAUAUUUAAAUCGUUUUCUUUGUUCAUACUUAGCAAAAUGUCUUUGUAAUCUUGUUGAAAAUAGUAGCAAUAUGUUAAGUUCGUCAAGUCAUAAAUGGGAUUAUCAUCAAGUCAUUAAAAGUAAAACUAUUAGAGAAUUUGAUUCAAAUUAUACAAUCAAGUUAUUCGAACAUGAAUCUGUUGAUGAUUAUUAUAAAAAAGCUUCACUCCAUGAUAAAUUGGAUCUUAUCCGAGUACCUUGUUUGUGUUUGAAUGCUGCUGACGACCCAUUUUGUUUGGAAUCUGAUCUGCCAUUAAAAAGUGCUGACAGCAUGGACAAUUUAGCAAUUUUGGUUACAGUAAAAGGUGGGCAUAUUGGGUUUUUAGAAGGUAUUUGGCCAUUUAGUAAUAGCAAUGAAUUUAUGUUUCGUUUAAUUGACCAAUAUUUUAGCUCAAUAUUUAAAAAUAAUAACUAUAAAAAAUAUGAUAGUUAAAAUUGUUAUUUUUGUAAUAAAUUUAGAGUUAAGUGUAUUUACUAAUUUAGAUAAAAMAUGUGAUCAAAUAUUUUAAUUUUAU